UUUCAGAAAUGGGAUUCUAAUCAUGUUGUCUGGGAUAUGCUGGCUUCUGCUUAUUCCCGAUGUCAGAUGGUUCUCGAUGCUCUCUUUGUUUUUGCGAAGAUGAAAGAUUUCAAUAUCCGGGCUUCGAUAAUUUUAUAUAAUAGUUUGUUGUAUAAGUUGAGGGACACUGAUAUCAUCCGGGAUAUCUACGAUGACAUCAAAGCCAAUGGGAUAAACCCGAGUGAGUAUACUAAUUCCAUUCUUAUAGAUGGCCUAUGCAAACAGUUCUCGAUGCAAGAAGCUGUUGAGUUUCUUCGAGGGACUGAAUGUAGAGAAUUUGGGCCUUGUGUUGUGUCUUUCAAUACUCUUAUGUCAAGUUCCUGUAAAAUGGGUUACAUAGAUGUUGCAAAGUCAUUCUUUUGUAUGAUGUUUAAGUAUGGAUUACAUCUCAAUGUAUAUAGUUACAAUAUUCUCAUUCAUGGGUUAAGCGUGGCGGGUGCAAUGGAAGAAGCCUUGGAGUUCAAAGGUGAUAUGGAGAAACACGGUUUAGAGCCUAAUGUGGUGACUUAUAACGUCCUUGCCAAAGGAUUUUGUUUGCUUGGUAUGACAAGUGGUGUCCGGACAUUAAUUAAUGAAAUGCUUCAUAAAGGCUUAAAUCCUGAUAUUGUCACUUUUAAAAUGUUGAUCUGUGGAUAUUGCAAGGCAGUUAAUGUUAAUGAGGGUAUUAAGUUGAGAAAGGAGAACAGCGGUCAUAAACCAGAUAUUGUCAUGUACUCGAUUCUCGUACAAGGCCUUUGUAAGAAAGGAUUGGUAGAGUUGGCUUUUCAAUUGUACAAAGAUAUGUGCUAUAAGAGAAUUCUUCCAAAUAUUGUUGCUCAUAGAUCUAUUCUCAAAAGCUUAUGUGAGAAAGGGUACAUGUGUGAGGCGAGAGCUUUUUUUGAUGCUCUACUAAACUGUGACUUAAUGGAUGAUGUGUUUUUGGGUAAUAUUAUGAUUGACGGAUAUGCAAAACGUGGUGACAUUGGUGAAGCUCUUCAGGUAUACGAACUAAUAAAAGAGAAAGGAAUAAUGCCAAGCAUAGUCACAUUCAACUCCUUAUUAUAUGGGUUCUGCAAAGCCAGAAAGCUAGAUGAUGCAAGAAAGUUGUUUGACACUAUUGUUGCACAUGGGUUGAUACCAACAGAGGUCACGUACACAACUCUUAUGGAUGCGUAUAGUGAGGAAGCAAAUAUUCAAACCAUCUUAGAGUUGCAAGCGGAAAUGAAAGCAAGGGGCAUGGAACCAACUCAUGUUACUCGCACAGUGAUAAUGAAAUGCCACGGCAAAACAAGUCAGAUGCAUGAGUCUGUUCGGAUACUAAAGAAUAUGUUAACGACGGGUCCUUGGCCUGAUGAAGUUUCGUACAACACCAUUAUCCAAAGUUUCUGCAAAGCUCGAGAUAUGAAAGGUGCUAUCCGAUUACAUGAUGAGAUGAUAGACAACAAUCUUCUGCCAAGUCGUGUCACAUACAACAUUCUCCUUAAUGGUUUAUGUGUACAAGGAGACCUAAAGUAUGCUGAGAAACUAUUUUCUUCUCUCGAAGAUCGUGAUGUUGGCCUGAUGAAAUAUGAUUACACCAUUCUUAUAAAAGCACAUUGUGCAAAAGGUGAUGUGAAUAAGGCUGUGGGUCUGUUCAAAAAGAUGAUCGAGAAGGGCUUUGAAAUCUCUAUUAGAGAUUAUAGUGCUGUAAUUAAUAGGUUGUGCAAAAGAAACUUACUAUAUGGUCCUUAUAAAAAAAGAAACUUACUGGAUGAUGUGAAGAAUUUUCUGCAUAUGAUGUUGUCGCAUGGCAUAUCUCUUGAUUUACAAAUGUAUUCUGUUAUGCUUAACAGUUUCCGUCGUAUUGGCGAUCACAAUUCUGUGUUCCAGCUGUUCUCUUUGAAAAUUAAGUGUGGGUUAGAUACUGGUUCUAAUUGUGGUUAAGAGUACGCGACACCAAUUCAUGAUGAUUACUAUGCUCUGCUGCAACAUAUGAGCUUCUUGUUUCAUGAGGUGUUACUAGAAAAGUUCAACAAGCUAUUCCUUGAUUUUAUAAGGAAUGUUAAGUUAUUCAAAUAUUCAAUCCCAUACCUGGCUUAAAGAGAAAUUGUGGUAGAAAAGGUUUGUAAGUUGCACUAACUAUGCAGUUAUGUGAACUUAUAGAUCAGGUCAUAUGAAAAGUUAAUGACUAGUAAUGCACCUGAGAACAGUAUGGAUUCUUUAUUCUCUGCUGAUUUCGUGUUAGGAAGUGAAGAUUUUUGCUAGAAAAGGGGUCGAGUCAUGUUUAUGCAUGUAGCAUCACUUACAAAACAGAAAGCUGGUAUGCAAGUUCUAAUUAACUUGCAAACUAAGAUGUGGUAGGGAUAUUAUGUCCUCUGAUCAGCAUCAUCUUUGUAUGGAGAAAAGACAGAGGUUUAGGCAUCUGUAAGAAAAGUUAAAACAGAUAUAAUAGAUUUUGGGGCCAGCAGUCAUUGGGAAUCUAGUCUUCAGCAGCCAAUAGAGGCAUACCAGUUGUAUGACUGCAGCAGCUGUUAUGGAUCUAGUUCUUGGAGCUGCUCAGACUAGCAGCUCAUUCGAUCUGUCCAAGUUGUCAAGGAGCCAACUAAUGGCAUCAUCUGAGUUGAAGAAAAAGAACAAGGAUUUAGCGAAGGCUCCUGCAGGUUGCUGCUUAACACAAUCUUUAUGAAAUAAAUUCUUGUGGAUCAUUGUUUUAUCAUUUUAUUUUAAUCAUAUAGGCGUAUGUCCAUACAUAUAAAUCAUGUUAUUUCUUUAAAAAGAUGGCUUCUCCCAAGAGCUAUCUAUCGCAUCACACAAAAUCAGAAUUACAAGCCAAAAGAUGUGGGGAAGCUACUCCAAAAGUGAUUAUCCUUUUUCUUAUUGCAACAGGUAAGUUGUAAUUUCCACUUCUUUUACUUCGUCCUUUUCUCUUUUUCUUCUAUAUAGACAUAGAAAAACAUCAGAGAAAGAAUCUGCCUAUGUGCUUAUACUCGGUGCUUCAUGUGGCUAAGAAGCAACCUUGGUUUAAAAGUUCUUAUUAAUUUAUUCAUAGAAACAUGAACAUAGAGGGGCAUAAAUAAGAUCAUUACUAGGGAGUUGAAAAACUCUGUAAUUGAUAAAACUGUCGGGGAUAAGAGAAAUCGCUUAAAUUGAUAAUAAUUGUCUCUUUCUCACAGCUCACAGUCUCACCCUUCUGAAGACUGUAAAUCUCUCCCUCACCCCUUUUUGUAACGGCCUCUGUUCCGUUUGCUCUCACGCUUAUUUCUCUGUUUGUUUCUUCUGAAUUUGAGUGAAUCCAUGCUAAGAUUGUUGACUAGUCCAAGAAAUCAGAUCUUUAUGGUAAGAUUUUUGACAUUAUUUACAGCUUGCACCUACAUUACAAGGACUGUCCUACUUUGACGGCUCAUGGAUAAUAUAUUAAAAGCCCCUUGGUUGAAUAUAAUUGUGUAAUUGUAGGGAAUUAUAUGUACAGAUUUGAGGUGUCUCGUUACUCUGACAGACUACGAGCUAUGCUAAUCAUCAGUGGCGGAUCCAGGAUUUUAUGCAACCGGGUUCAGUCGAAAACAACUAUAACUAAUAUAAACAGUAACAUAAAGCAAUUUUUUUGUCCUUUUUGUUCAUAGGGUAAUCUUAAUAUAAAAUCAUCUUAAAGUCACACUUUAUAGUUCUAACAAAUUUUUGCUUAUUUUAAUUUAACAAAUUUAAAAUUUUGUUAUACUUUAACCAAAAAAUAAUAUUUGACCAAUCAAAAAACUAUUAACUCUAAGAAAUUUGAGAUUAUAAAAUAUUUUCUAGUUUUAUAAGUAACAAAUUAUUAGUUAUAAAAGAAGGCAAUAAGAAAAGAGUUACAAACUAAACUAAAUCAAUACCAAAAUUAUAAAUAAAUAAGAGAGCUUAUACAGUAGUGUAAUUAAUAUUUAAUUAAAAAACAAUGAAAAAGUUUCAACAUAAAUUAAAUUAAAUUAACAAAUAAUAUAUAAUUUCAACAAAUAUACUUGCAAGGCUUAGCAAAUUUUAUGAAGGAGAGCUAAAAUUACCUUUUGAAGUAAAGUAAACUCCAGUAUAAGUUUUAUUUGAGUUUAAAUAAAGAAAACAAACUUUAAAGUAAAAUAGAGAAAACGAGAAAAUAUAAGCCAUUGGAGUAACAAAUCAACAAGCCAAGGUAUGGUUAAUUUAAUUUGAUGCAAAACAGUUUUACUAGGCCUAGCAUUUGCACAUUCUUGUUGCUAUCUAUACUAAAAAGAAGUAUAAAAAUGCACUGACGGGGAAUUGAACACAUGACCUCACCAAAACCAUGAACCUGCCUGAUCACUUUUUCAGGAGGAAAGUCAUGUGAGUUCAAAUAUAAUAUUUUAUAUAAAGUUACCCUGCUUUAGCUGUAAUUUACAUUUAUACACAGUAGUAUUUUUCGACGAAGCGGGUUUAGUUGAACUCCCUUAGAAAUAUGUGGGUCCGCCCCUGCUAAUCAUCUGUGAAUUGGAGCAUGAAAUAGAAGCGCGCGAUAAUGUUUGUGUAUGAUCUUGAUAUGCGCCACUUUUCAGUAUGUAGAUAUCUCCAACAUUGUUAUCCCAGAAGUGCUUCAUGAUAUGUACAGUAUUGAUUAUCUAGUUUAUCUAGGCAAGAGGAAUUCAUGUCCAAGGUUUUCAUUGGUUACCUAGUGCACUCGUCAGUCUUGUUCUGAAGCUCAUCAUGUGUGUACAUGCACUUUUGCCCUCAGACGAAGUUCCAACUGCAGUUGGCGAGAGCUCAACAGAGUCAUUCAAUGCCAGCGGCAUUGGCUGUAAAGUUUUUUCUUUAUGGAGUUUACCAUAAAGAAAAUUCAGAAAUCAGCAGAUUUGUACAUUUCUUUCCUGAACAACACACUUUUGACCUCUAGAUCAUUCUGGUAACGAGGGGAGGGUAUUUGUUCUCUGUAGAACUAGUUCAUUGUUAGAAUUCUUCCUCAGUUAUCACUGGCCCUGGUGCUUACGUAAUGCUUCUAAAUGUAUGGAAUAUUACCUGCAUUUUGUCUUGGUUGUUCAGGUCAUUGUCAUUGUUUCUUUCCUCAGUACAUGCGUAUUUGUUAUUUCUUGGCCACAGGUGAAGUCAAAGAUAAUUGAACUGUCCAAUUGGAAGCAACAGUAAUCUAGAUUCUGAUUGGGUAAGCCUUUUCUUACUUGCAUGUACUCUAGAACAGUGAUUCAUGUUAAUGAACUGAAUUCUUUAGGAGUCUAAUCUUUUUCGUCCAUUCUUAUAUUCUAAAAGAACGUUAUUCCUAAUUAAAAUCUUAACUUCUAGCUUAUUCAAUUUUUUUUAUGCUCCAACCAUAAGCUUCUUUCUGCUGUCUGCAUUCCGCUUUCUCCUCGAAAAGUAAAAAGAUGCAUAUUCUUUUAAUAUUGUAGGGCAAGAAACGGAGUUCCUGUUUCAUGUUUCUAGUAUAUUAACUCCCAAUGGAAACUCUUAAUAUGGUAAUAUCAUUAUAAUAUGUAGUGGUGCUGCUGACAAUUGGAAUGUGUAUUUGAAGUAUGUACUGUGCUCGUCCGUUUGUAGAUUGAUGCAGAUAUGCCUACUACUUGCAGAUUUUUUAAUCA